AUGUACAACAGCUUUAGAACUGAGACACAUGUUUUCAUGGUUUUAGAGCUCUGUGAAAAAGGGGCAAUGGAUGAAUUGCUAAAGAAAAACUCCAAGAUAUCCGAAAAAUUUACACAGAAAUUCAUUUUGCAGAUUAUUAAAGCUCUUGAGUAUCUCCACGAAAUAAAGAAUGUUGUUCACAGGGAUUUGAAGUUGGGAAAUCUAUUUCUGGAUGAGAAAUUGGAUAUUAAAAUUGGAGAUUUUGGACUGUCAGCUGUUAUUGAGGAUGGACAAAAGAGAAAGACAGUUUGUGGCACACCAAACUAUAUUGCACCCGAGAUUUUGUUUGGUAAGGUCACUGGCCAUUCAUAUUCUGCAGAUGUCUGGUCAUUAGGUGUAAUCACAUACACCUUACUCAUUGGAACACCUCCAUUCCAGCAAAGCAGUGUCUCUGAGAUUUAUAAGAGAAUCGAAGAGAACAAGUAUAUUUUCCCAGAAAGCUGUACGAUUUCCGAAGAUAGCAAGGAUUUCAUCUCAAAGAUACUAAUUUCGAAUCCAGAAGAUAGGCCAGAUCUAAAGCAGCUACAGUUGCACAGAUUACUGAUGAUCAUGUAA